CGCAAAGAAUUUUUUGUUGCGGCUCCCACUACUGAAGAAAACAGCCUGCAGCCCUUCCAAGGAAAACGCCAAGGCCACUCGUACAGGGGCACAGAAAAUUGGGAUGUCUCCUGACUGAACUGAUGGCAGGAGUUGGGAUGUCUUAUGUUGCAAAGAAGUGUGGCAUCCGAUUACAGCCUCCAUCUAUUAUUUUAAUCUAUGAAGAUAAGCUCAAGAGUAACAUGCGCAAGCGCAUCAUGCCUGUCCGAAAUUUCUCCAAGUUUUCAGACUGCAGCAGAGCAGCAGAGCAGCUAAAGAAUAAUCCUCGGCACAAGAUCUAUUUGGAAGGAGUCUCGUUGGAACAGUUACAAAAGUUAUACCAUUUGCUGCGAUACCACUUGGAAGGACAAAGUUUGACUGAAAGUUUGGAAGCAGUUCAGCAAGAAAAAACAGUUGACCCAGAAGAGGAUCUGAACAAACUGGAUGAUGAUGAGUUAGCCAAAAGGAAAAGAAUAAUGGACGAGCUGUUUGAAAAGAACAGGAAAAAGAAAGAGGAUCCUGAUUUUGUCUACAAUGUAGAGGUGACAUUUCCACAGGAUGAGGAACUUGAAGCUUGUGAGUGGGAUACAGAAUCAGAUGAGGAAUUCUGACCCAGAAUAAGGUUCUGGGUUAUAUGGAUCUGCUUACACUGGGAAUGACUUUUUACUUGUGUUUUACCUAUGUAAAUAAAGCAUACUCCCACGUAUUUUAGCAACCAAAAAACUGACAAAACAUACUAGUUGCUUGUGAAUUUUGUAUUGUCAAAUCAGAGCAAAACUGAUGCCUUUGUUUUCUUCAUUAAAAUGUAAACAUGCUGAUA